CAUCGCUCUCUUUAUUUUGAACUCGAAACACCUCUCGCUGAGCGAGUCAAAACGACAUGGCCGAGCCUGACUCCCAGUCCGAGUCCGAAUCAUCGAGUUCUCUCGGCCCGAUUUUGGAUCUUCUCCUCUCGGUCGGUUACGUCGAGGCCCCAAAAACCGAUGUUUCGGCCUCCGAUAAGCUCUCCGGCGGCCUCGCCUGGUGCAUCUCCGCCGUCAACGACGUCGUUCGCGACGGAACCCUAACACGCCGGGAGGAAAUGCACUGAGGUUGAAAAGCGCAUUGAAGAAGGUCUAAGAUUGAUCGGUUGCCCUCACCUUCUUGAAGCUUCUCAAAUUGAAACCCUAGACUGCAAAGCCAUUUUCCCUGUUGUACAGUGGCUUGUUAAUCGUAUUCGGACUGUGCAAGAUCAUAGUGGCGAUGAUGAGGGAUGUGAGCUGACUUGAGGUGGAAUUGGACAAUGCAGGAACUUCGAUAAAGAUGUCGAUUGGCAAUUGGGUGAAUUGAAUCGACGAGAGCUAAAUGUUAUGAACAAACUCAAACUUUUACGAGAGACAAUAGAUAAGGAGGGCGCUAAUAUUGCCGUGCAGAAAUUGACAUCACUAAUGCAGUCGUUAAAGGUGUGCUGUCUUUCUGAUCUCUUUGUUCAGAAUCUGGAAAGGCAAGAAUCUGAGUUCCAGUCUAAUUGUAGUGUAAAACGGUCAGAACUGCAAACUGAUGUUAUUGAAUUGGAGGGAAGGAUAGCAAAUGGCUGUGAUAGCAAGAGUAUCUCUCAUAUUCUAAAUCAUUCCUUUAUCGAGUCACUGGAGAGACUGAAUUCAGCAAAAAAGGAACUUGCAGCUAGAUGUAGGCAAAUUCUAGCAGUAAAGCGGCAGCUCGAUGAUGUACCAUCCCAGUCGGAACUCAUCCAGUAUGAACGCCGAUUUUCUGAACUGUAUGUCCAUAUCCAGGAAAAACAUCGACAAACUCGUAAAUAUUAUGGCACCUAUAAUGCCCUUUUGCAGAUAAAAGAAUUGAUGCUGAAGGAAAUAUCGUUGUUGAAUUCAAUAAAUUCACAGUUCCAAGAUGCCAUUACUAGCACUGCUGGUCGCACGAAACUUAUUGAUUCCAUGGAGGGAAUUGUGAAGAGCAGUCAACAGAAACAAGGAAAGGUGCAACUUGGGCUUCAAGAAGAGCAGAAGGUUUGUGACGCGCUCAAACAGCGAUAUGCUGCAGCAGUUGCAGAGCAAAGACACUGCUACACGCUCUUAAAAGCUUUUCAGGAGCUGGUGAAAAGGUUAAGUCUACAGGAGGAAUGUGCAAAGAAUGAGAAGCUUCGGUGCCAAAGUUCUAUCUAGAAGCAUUACUUCCAAGUGUCAGCAUGCAAUUAAUUUGAAUGCUUACCUAUUGAAUCAAGAAAGAGGUCAAGUAAUUGGUAUUGCCACUUAAUCCUUUUCUUUCCUCUUCUUCUUUUUUCUUUUCUUUUUUUUUUCGGCGCUUUGUAGCUCUGUAAUUUUUCUUUUAUUUCUGAAGUUGUGGCUAUAUUAUUUAUUAUGGCAUAAUAUUUCUGCUGCUUAUUCCGAAAUAAAUAAAUUGCAAUAAACGAUAA